CUAUCCUAUUAGAUAGCUUUGCAAAAUAUAACCACUUUUACUUUGAAACAGGAUAUUUUGUGUGUCAGCCAUGUUUAACAUUCUUGUCUAUACAUUUUAUAUAGCGUGUGUACCUGUUUUGACAACAACCAACGGUCAAAAUGGAAUAAGUUGGAAACGCCGGGCAUUAGAAGAUGAAACACAGUAUAGCCGACGUUCUGUUAACACAGGAUCUCUAGUCUUUAGCCGGACAACUUACAGAGUUGAGAUAUAUGAGAAUAUUCCGGUAGCCAGCAUCAUUACCACUGUCAGAGCCGCUGACACAAAUUCUGAUCAUACUCAGGAUAUAACUUACAGUAUAAUUGCACCGGUUAACCAAACCACUUUUAAAAUUGAUCCUACAUUGGGAAGUAUUACAACAUUGAAGCCUUUGGACAGAGAGGUUCAGCCGAGUUACCACUUAGUUAUUGAAGCAAAGAAUCGUGAUAUGUUAGAUAAACAGCUGUCAUCGACUGCUGUUAUAAACAUAAUAGUUCUUGAUGAAAACGACAACAUGCCAACAUUCACGCAAAGAUCUUACGAUGCUAAAGUUUACGAAGAGUCUGCAUCUUCAACGCUAGUAAUUCGUUUAUAUGCUUACGAUCUAGAUGAAGGCCAGAAUGGGGACUUACACUACAGUAUAGUUGCUGGUAACGUAGAUGGCGCUUUUCGUAUUGACCCUUUAUCUGGCGAGGUAUUCACUAAUCUUAUUUUAGACCAUGAGAACAGAAGUUUCUACAAGUUAAGAAUAGAAGCAACAGAUAACGGAGAAAAUCGCCGUUUAUCAACUACUACAACUCUGAAUAUCUAUGUAUUGGACGUAAAUGACAAUGCUCCUCUUUUCGUGCAAAACAACUAUACUUUAUGGGUACUCGAGAACGUACCUGUCGGCUCUGUUGUAUCAAGACUUAAUGCUCGUGAUGCUGACAGUGGAAAUAACUCGAAACUAACAUACUCUAUACAAGGUAAUGUUAAAGCAGCGGACUUACCUUUUAUUAUUGACGCUGACACUGGGGAAAUAUUGGUAUCAAGACAACUGGAUACAGAAAAACAAGAUCGUUAUAUAAUUGUAGUUAAGGCAACCGAUCAUGGGAUACCUCCUCUCUCAUCUUUAACUACAGUCGAGAUUAGGGUAUUAGAUGCCAAUGAUAACAAACCAUUGUUUAUCGAUAGAGAUUUGUUUAUAAAAGUUUCUAAGAACGCAGAGAUCGGUCAAAGCAUUGCAAAGUUGACUGCAAUAGAUUCCGACAUAAAUGAUAAGUUAACAUACAGAAUCACAAACGGGAACAGUGAACAUUCAUUUGAGAUUCAAACGGAAACAGGUAUCAUUACAUUAAAUAAGACACUGUUAUCCACGAAUUUUCAUAAUGCUACCAUUACUGUUGAAGUGACUGACGGGAUAUAUUCUGAUACAGCAAUUGUUCAUAUAAUUGUAAUCGCUUCGCACAUUCAAACAUUGACAUUUCCGAAGACUGCUUACCAAUUUAGCGUACUUGAAAAUCAAGCAGUGGAUACUGUCAUAGGGAAGGUUGAAAUAGCAAAUAACAACACUGCCGUCAGAUAUGAGCUUCUGUAUACAAAUGCUUUUAGUAUUGACAAUUUCACUGGUGAAAUAAAAACCAAAGAAACCCUUGAUCGUGAGUCACAGAUAAUACACUUGUUCGAAAUUCAAGCAAGUACCCCUGACGGCAAGUAUCAAUGUACUGCCAAAAUAACUGUUUCAGUUAUUGAUAUGAACGAUAACGCGCCAGUAUUUUCAAAGUCGAUUUACGAAGCAAUGGUACAAAAACCUUUGAGAGCCGGAGAAGUCGUGAUUACUGUACAUGCCAACGAUGGGGACAUAGGUUUAAAUGCAGUACUAAGGUACAGUUUGAUUUCGGCUAGUAACAAACCAAGUGACUUUAGUAUUAUGGAAAGUGGAACAAUAUAUAUUUCGCAGUACAAUACGAUUAAUCAGGAAUCUGCGGGGAACUAUACACUUAUUGUUCAGGCGGUGGAUGGUGGCAGUAUUCCACUUUCAGCACAAGCUACGGUUAUAAUAAAAGUUGAAGAAGAAGUUAUACCAGUCGGCUAACAAACAGAGAGAAAGACAGUCAUCGUAUAUCUGUCAGCACUCAGCAAUAUUUAAUUAAACGGAAACUUGUUGUUAUAAAUGACAUAACAUUUUCAGAAUGAAAUGAUUAAAUUAAUUAUCUGACCUGUGUUUCUAUUUUAAAAUCCUAUAACACAAUUUCUAAAUGAAUAAGUAGGUUUGUCAUUUACAUUCUUACACAUUUCUUUCUUCUGCGACAUGUUUAUAUUUGAGAAUUUUACUAUGAUCAGAUUGUUAAAAAAUAUAUUUGUAUUUUCCCGCCUGGUCGACACUUUUUCUUUAUUCAUUUGGUCUAUUUUUUAUUUGUUAAGUAUUGCUGACACUAAGCAUUCCGCUGUUGUUUAACCAUGGACUAGUAUAAUUAAAAAAUAUUGUGACCACAUAUAUCUUUUGAAAGUAUCGAGUAAGAUGUGAAAUAAAUAAUGAAACUGGU